UCUUUCCCAAAAAAAUGCCCUCCAUCUCCUUCUCUUCCUCUUUCCGGCGAUCUUGAAUCUUCAAUCUCAGGUCGAUGUUUGCGAUUUCAUUCUCUUAGGGGUUUUACUGAGAACAAGAGGAGCAAUCAGUGGUGAAAAUUGAAAACUUUUCCACCAAAAUUACUAGUUUUGCUUGUGAUUUGGCAUAUAACUGUCAACAUGAUCUGUUUUGAUGUUUCAAAGAACAAGAGGAGCAAUCAGUUGUGAAAAGUGAAAACCUUUACCCCCACAAAAGUAAUAGUUUUGCAUGUGAUUUGGCACAGCACUGUUAACAUGAUCAGUUUGAUGUUUCAAAGAACAAGAGGGGCAAUUAUAUUGCCCAUUCCUGAGAAGAGUAUCUUCUCUUUGUUCAGUUCUUCUGUAGUUCCAAAGUGUAACACAUUCAUCUUGAAUUACCUUACUCAAACUUUCGGUGUCUCUGAAAGCCGGGUUCUUUCCUCUUUGAAUGUUCCACAUGUUGAAACACUAGAUGGUCCAAACUCUGUUGUUAACCUGUUCAAACAAUAUGAAUUCUUGGACGCUGAUAUUCGGAAGGCUGUCCGAGUUUGCCCACAGAUACUCUUUUUGAAUGCUGAUAAAGAACUUGAAACCCAAACUCCAAUUUUUCCAAGAUCUUGGUUUCACUGGUCCUCAGAUGAGUCCCUUCCUAUCCAAAAGUUCUACCAUGCUUACCCACAGCCUUGAGAAGCGGAUUGCGCCGUCAGUUGAUGUCUUGCUAGGAAUUUUGUCCACUCGUGACCUGCUCCGAGUCCUUGGGAGAUGCCCAUGGGUUAUAAAGGAAGACCCAGCAUUGAAACUCAUCCCCAACAUCUCCUUCUUGAAGAAAACUUGCCACAUUGACCAAUCUCAGCUGUUGAUGCUACUGGUGAGGCAGCCAUCUUUGUUUGUUAUGAGACAAUCAGCUCUUCAAGAUCUUGCUCACAAGAUCACGGAAAUGGGUGUGUCAGUGGACUCUAGGGUGUUUGCUCAGGCUUUAUACUCAUUCUCUUGCAUGUCCUCAGAGACAUUUAAGAAGAAAUUUGACCUCCUUCACAGCUAUGGUUUCUCAGAUGAGCAGACAACACUGUUAUUCCAAAAGGCACCUGCUGUGUUUAGGACAUCUGAAAAGAAGCUGAUCUCUGGUUUGGAGUUUUUCAUGAACAAAGUUGGUGUCGAUCACUGCAAACUUCUUCGAUAUCCAUCUAGUUUAAUGUAUAGUAUGGAGAAACGAGUCGUCCCUCGGUAUAGUGUUCUUGAAGUUCUAUAUUCAAUGAAAUUGCUCGAGAAAGGUGAUCAACUUCUUUCUGCAAUCUUGUUAUCUGAGGAGGAUUUCCUGAAGAAAUAUGUAUGGAAGCAUAUUGAGACAGUGCCCGAGUUGUUAGGUGCCUACAAGUUGAAAACUAAGAUCAAACCACAAUGAAGCUUCUAAGCAAUCUGGUUCAAAAGAACUUGAAAUUUGGUCAUUGCAAUUAUCACCCGAAGGUAAUAUCGACGCAAAGAAUACAUGUGCAUGACAUCUGCAUGCAAUUCUCAAACAGGACCAGUAAAACAAAGCUAACGGAAAUCUACCAUAAUUUCCUCAGCCUAUUUCUCUUAAGACUAUUACAUUGUCACUUGCUACCUAAGACAGACACAUUUAUCUUUGCUUCAUGAAUUCCAAUUUGAACACACUGGCUUUCAGAGAAUAAUCU